AUGACCAUGUUCAGCCUCCUGAUGAAGAGGAAACUCUUCCUCUACAACUUCAAGAAUCUGCGCUGGGCCAAGGGCCGGCGUGAAACCUACCUCUGCUAUGUUGUGAAGCGCCGUGACAGUGCCACAUCAUGCUCCCUGGACUUUGGAUACCUGCGCAAUAAGAUGGGCUGUCAUGUGGAGGUGCUCUUCCUGCGCUACAUCUCAGCCUGGGAUCUGGACCCGGGCCGCUGCUACCGUAUCACCUGGUUCACCUCCUGGAGCCCCUGUUAUGACUGCGCCCGACACGUGGCUGACUUCCUGCGCGCCUACCCCAACCUGACCCUCCGGAUCUUCACAGCACGCCUCUACUUCUGUGAGGACCGCAAGGCAGAGCCUGAAGGACUGAGGCGUCUGCAUAGGGCAGGAGCCCAGAUUGCCAUCAUGACCUUCAAAGAUUACUUCUACUGCUGGAACACGUUUGUGGAGAACAGGGAAAAGACAUUCAAAGCCUGGGAAGGGCUGCAUGAAAACUCUGUCCAUCUGUCCAGGAAACUUCGACGGAUCCUUCUGCCACUGUAUGAAGUAGAUGAUUUACGAGAUGCCUUUAAAACUCUGGGACUUUGACAUGAAAGUCAUCAGCAAUCAGAAGACUUCACAAACACUUAUUCCUUCAUUUCCAACUCUCUCCCUUACAACACAUCUUUCACUUCUUCCCUCUUUACAUCUCUCUUCCUUCCAGCCCUGUGUCUAGAGAUAAGACUAUCCUUAGUCUUUCAUUUCAAAGGAGAAUUAGGCUGAUCUGAAGACACAUCCCCAUACCUCAUCCAUUGCUAGCUGGGAAUAGCCAGGACUGCAGUGACAUUGCCAGAGAGCAAUCUGCCCUCUUUCAGUCCCUGCAGAGCUUAUUCAGGUGGUCCACUAAAUGGAAUUCUGGGUUUACCCUUGCCCAGGUGGGAGCAGACAACCUGCAAGGCUGUUUGUGUGGUUGUGUUCUCACUGGCACCGCACUGAUCUGCACACUUCAUGAGGGCUUCGGGGACCACAUCUCCUGGCUCUUAGAGCUGCACUACACUGAGCUGCUUUGUGUCCUCCCCUGUGAAACAGUGUAUUUGUCCUUCUGGAUGUGGGUAGGAAGUUUAAAACCAUUACCAUUUAAGUGGUAUAGCCUAUGUCUUAACAGCAAAAUUUUGCUUUCCAAAAUUGGAAAGCUCAGCUGAGAAUAUUGAAGUGAGUCCUGGACAGCCCAGCUUGAAAACCUCACUUGAAGCCAGCAAGUCUUCUAAGUGGAUUGUGUGCAGGCCCAGACCCUGUAGUACCUCCUGCCCAGAAAGGAGGGAGUUUCAGUAGCUGUGGUUUUGUGCCCUAGGAGAGGCUGAAACUGGACAAUAAAAGUCUAAAAUAAAAGCAGAAGAGUCACUGGCCAACAUUGUCAAGUGAAAACUGCAAUUCAGUGUGCCCAGCAAGACAUUUUCCAUUAAGAAAUAGGAAGUCCACUCAACUGUUAUUAACUAUGUUGAAAGCCAUGGCAGCUCAAGGUCAGUACUGAUCAGUGUGUGACCUCCCACCCAGCCAGGAAAGAAGCCACCAAGGCACUUCACCUCUGCAAUGUUUUUCCAGCAUACAUCUACUGGAAAAUACACUUCAUUUUCACAUUGUAUUGUCCCUCAGACUUAAUUUCUCAUUCACGUAGGUUGAGGUUGUGUUUCUUGACACACCUCAGGGAGGAGCACCACAGCUCUCACUACUGGAGUACUUUUCAUCCACUGAGCAUUUCCUCCUAGAUCAGUCUUGCAAUAUGCUCCCUCCCUAGCCACCUGUCCUCUGCUGCAGGCACCUUAACAGUCCCACAGACUUCUGUUUUUCAGGCCUUUUACUGUCCAUAAUAUGGCUAGAUAUGUCUAGUUAGGGACUGGACUGAGAGCUGACCAGAAAAAACACCCAGCAUGAGCAAAGCUAUGCAGCCUGAAGAUAGAUAUCUUUUGUAAAGGGCAAAAUUAAAGCAUCCUCCUGCCUGGCAAUCACUGUGUUUCCACUAGGGGACCCCAUCUGCACCUGGUCUUGUGGACACAGUCUACCAAGUUGAAGACAUGGGUUCAUAUACACAUCUACUCACCACUAACUUCUCAAUACCUAAGUUACAGAUGGAUUGUCCUCUGCAGUCUAACCACCUGAGGCUUUGCCAAGGCUGAGUGUGUCCCACAUUCUGGGGGUGCUCUGUCAUUUUCUUCAUGAUGGCUAUGAGUUCUCUUCUCCAUCCUG